CGCGAGUGCGCGUGCGCGAGCGGCGAGGUUUUCUCCGGAGCCGUCGGAGGGAGCCGGAGCGCUUCUCUUGAGUUCGGCACCGGUGGAGCAGGUCUCAAUCACAGGCUGCAAAAAAUUUUCCAGCUACUGUAGAGCGCGACUGAUGGCUGGUAAAUGUUGGUGAUUGAGCAGUUGUGGUCCAGCAUGCAGAGGUGAGGGAGAGGCACACAGCAACGGAGCUGAUGGGUGACGAGGAUGUAAGUGCAUGGGAAGGCUUCCACACCCUCGACUCCAGGGAAACUCACGCUGAAGAGAUGGGAGCACUAGAGAACCAACUGAUGCAGGUCUGAUCUCCUUGAAGACAGAAUCAUGAAUAAACUGGAGGGUAAGCAGGACCAGAUGAUACCAUGAAGAGAAGUUUACAGGCCCUCUAUUGCCAACUGUUAAGCUUCCUCCUGACUGUGAUGCUGACUGAAGCACUGGUAUUUGCUGUCCAGGAACUGGAAUCUCUUCAGGUCCUCCCUUCAGGCAGUCCCCCAGACACCAUGGUGACUGCACCCCACAGCCAGACCACACACUCCUCUGUGAUGACAUUGAGCCCUUCUCCUGAUGGACUCUCACAGGCCACAGCCAGAAUGGCAACAGCGAUGCCCCAUCAAAAUGGGGACCCUCCUAUAAACACUACUUCCACUGUCUUGCUGUCAGCAACCAUCCUCCAUCCUGAAAGCCCCCUGCCUACAGGUUCCCCUCCUGUUGCCAUGGCGACCACAUACUCCCACUCAGAGAGCAGUCCCACAGGGGAGGCUACUCCCACCAUCCUAACAAAGCCAACAGGAGCCACCAGCCACCCCAUCACAGCAGUCCCUCGGGCUACCACACGCAGGCCCCCCCGACUCCCAGGCUCUUCCCGAAAGGGGACUGGGGGCUCAUCACGCCCUAUCUCACCUGCACCUGGUGGCCACUCUGGGAGGAAGGAAGGCCAGCGGGGACGAAAUCAGAGCUCUACACACCUGGGGCAGAAGCGCCCAUUAGGGAAAAUCUUUCAGAUCUACAAGGGCAACUUCACAGGGUCUGUGGAGUCAGAUCCCUCUGCCCUUUCUCCCAGGACCCCGAACUUCUCUUUGCCACAGUCCCAGACAGUGGCUGCAACCAUGGCACCCAGAAGUACCUCAUGGGUGCCACCCACCACCCUCUUGGUGCCUGCAGAGGACAAUCCAGGACUUAGCACAGCAGACCAAGGGGGUGGUUCUGUCUUCACCAGCCCAGGAAAUGAGCCGAAUGCCACAGCAGCUGCAGUUCCUACCAGUUCACAAGCCACCCCAGUGCCUUCUCAGCACCCCCAUGGUGACACACAGAACAGCCCUGGCCUCAGUGACUCUUGGCUUACUGUCAUCCCUGGCACCAACAGACCUCCGUCUGCCAGCUCUGGGGUCUUUACAGAUGUGAUGGGGCCAACCCAGGCUGCCUUCAAUGCCAGUGUCUCAGCCCCUUCCCAGGGGAUUCCUCAGGAAACAUCCACAACCCCACAGGCCCCAGCCCAUGCCCCUGGGGUCUCAGAAAGCACUGUUUCUCUAGCUGAAGAGGAGACUGCAGUCUCCCUCUCCAUGACCAACAGGGUACCCAGUCCUCUCUCUACAGUGGUGUCCACAGCCACAGGAAACUUCCUCAACCGCCUGGUCCCUGCUGGGACCUGGAAGCCUGGGACAGCAGCGAACAUCUCCCAUGUGGCUGAAGGGGACAAGCCCCAGCACAGAGCCACCAUCUGCCUGAGCAAGAUGGACAUCGCCUGGGUGAUCCUAGCAAUCAGUGUGCCCAUCUCUUCCUGCUCGGUCUUGCUGACAGUGUGCUGCAUGAGGAGGAAGAAGAAGACAGCCAACCCUGAGAACAACCUGAGCUACUGGAACAACGCCAUCACCAUGGACUACUUCAACAGGCACGCUGUGGAGCUACCGCGGGAAAUCCAGUCCCUGGAGACCUCUGAGGACCAGCUCUCCGAGCCCCGCUCCCCAGCCAAUGGCGACUACCGUGACACGGGGAUGGUCUUGGUGAACCCCUUCUGUCAGGAAACACUGUUCGCAGGAAACGACCAAGUGUCCGAGAUCUGAUUGCAGCAGCCUUUGCUUUGCCAUUCCCUAUUUUUCAUCUUUAAAAAUUAUAAAUAUACAAAUAUAUAUUAUAAAUAUAAUCUUUGUGUAACCCUGACUUAAUGACAAACAUUUUCAGCUUUUUUUUCCUAAGAAUUGUCAACACCUUUUUUAUAAGUGUGGUUUCAAAACAAAACAAAAAUCUUUACAGAAUGACCUGUGGCUUUAUAAAAUAAAGGUAUUUCUAAGCAAAGCAGUGGCAUUGAUUGCUUCUCUUAAUAACUGUUCUUGAGUAUGUGGGGCCCCAGCAGCCCAAGGCAGGUGAGGGCAGAGACGCACCUGCCCUGGACGCUGCAUGUCAGAACUGCCACGCACUGUUCUUUGUGUGACUCUGAAAGCUCUGGUUCCUCUAGGCUUAGUGUGGCGCCGGCUCCUCCCUCCAGGGCCACUGAGGAGGACGACGCAGGUGGUCACCUGCAGCAUCACAGUGGCACCACUGAUGUCAGGUUUGACUUCACCCAAGUUGCAGGCAGCAGGCAGGAACAUGCAGCCCUUCGGAAUCCACAAGGAUGUGGGGCACCCGAAAGAAGCUGCAUCCCCUCCCUAACAUCAUCCAUACUGGUGACAGGACUGCCCUCCACCGCCUGGGGCAAAGUUUGGUUUCUUUAAAGGCUCCCUUGAAGAGCCCCUUUCUCCAUCCGCUCUGCUACCCAUCUCUGCAGUGAAGCCCUGUGCUUUCUCUUGGGUGGGUGUAGACCCAGAUCCAGCCCCACAGCUUCUGAAUGCGUGCCCUUCCUUGAGGGCCAAAGAUUUAUCUGCAAGCUUAGCCUUGCUUUCUGUAAAGGCAGCAGUACCAUAGCCCUGAGGAAUGGUUCAUCUAGGAAACUUUGAGGUACAGAACUGUGAUUUUUGAAACCUUCCUCAUGCAAUCUGAAAUGAACAAGAAAGGAGUCAUUUGAGAGAAGCACCAUUCUGUGCUGCCUGGCAGCCUGGCGCCCGAGGACUUGCCACCCGCUCAUCUCCCGUCCCCUUCAGGUGUGGCUGCCUCUGCCACCUCACUGCGCCCAGCGCAGCCAACAAGUCAGACCCCUCCACCGCCACAGGGAGUUCCUCACAUGGCCCCAUUUUUCCCCAGUAGUGGCUAAGAGAAAAAUAACUGCUUUGAUGUUUCUUUUCUCAAAAAAAAAAAAAAAUAGUUUGAUAGUAUAUUUUGAAUAUAGAUGUUCUUAUAGUCAGAUUGGGAAUCAAAUUUGAAUGUUGCUUCGUAUGUUUGUGUCUGUUGCUGUGGUCUUCUACCAUGACUUUUUCCUUUCUGCCUAUGUUUUCCUUUUCAAAAAAGAAAUGGCCUUCAAAAAUGUGUGUUCUCAAUGUUGUAUGAGCUGACUUAAACAAUGAGCUUUCUUCUUGUCUCUCUCAAAAGACUUCAGCUGACCAAGAAGCAGGUUAAAUGUUGUUUUGAGAUUUGUUUCCUAACAUGUUGUCUGAUUUUAACUUUAUCAUAAUGUUUCUGUUAACUAUUGCAUUGACUAUUUCAAUGUGUGUGAGUAUAUAGAGAGAGAAAUCUGUAAAGUAA